CGGAUUUCCCCUCGGUUUCUUCCUCGGGCUCAGAGAAGGGGAGUUCACCGUUUUCAGUUAAUCUCAGGACAGUCACGCUACAAGAGGCCACGACCGUUACCUCAGCAUGUGUGGGUCAUCUAACAAGCUCGCAGCAACUGCAACUGUUAUGCAUCCGAGGAGACGUCACGAUAAUGGUGUGGGAGGAAGCGGAAGAGCAAGAGGAGGAAGAGGAGGAGGAGGAGGAGGAGGAGGAGGAGGAGGGAGAGGAAGGAUUGAAGGCGAACACUGGGUCUGCUGCUGGUCAUAAACCUCAGAGCACGCGAGACAAAUCAAGCGGAGCAGAGGACGAGGGAGAGAGAGUCCGUCGAUCUCCAGCCAGUGGAUUCUCCAGACCAAUGGCUAGAGAUCGCUGGAGGGAGAAUGGGCGGUUACUUAAGUGGGUAAGGGAUAUAGACUUCCACGAGGGUCGGUCUUUUGCCGAAAAGCCCCCGUCUUUAAGGGUCCUCUACUGCGAUCUGCUGCCAGUUGAUUGUCUUCACCAGACCGACAGCGCGCCAGCAGCAGCCUUAGACCUUCUGCUCUUGCUUUCUUCUAAUCGGACGGUCUCUGUCCACCGGUGGCAACCAUCAAUCGCUGAGCUUGUGUGUCUUUGGUCGCUAGUUCUUCAACCCCCUCCAUCUACUGCACCCUCUCCACGAGCAAGCGAUCCCCUCCCUCCUUCCCCUCCUUCCUCCCUAAUGGUGUCUGCUGCCGCGAGUUCCUCCUCAUCACAGCCUCAUCAAGGCGGCUGUCCCGGUGUGCAAGGUGGUAAUAGGAAUCGGACAGGAGGAGGAGGAGGAGGAGGACAGGUGGCAAGUGGUCGUGAACACGUGGCGGCGUGCAGAGUCGCCACGUGUCUUAUCUCCUGUGGCCAAGUCCGCCGUGGCGUGGGGCAGCCGCAGAGAGAAGUGCAACCUCAGGACGCCAAAGUGGCACGGGAAGAUCGGCUGCUGAAUCCCGAGGAGGCUCCACUGCUGCAAGAAAACGACAAACAAGGACCCGGUCAUCGCCGAUCCCGGUGGGGCUAUCCCGACCAGGUGACUGCAGAAAGGAGGUUGCUGAUGGCAUUAUCCUUUGAAGAUGAGGGUGGGUGCCACGUGUUAUCUGUCAAUUUGAGGAGAGAGGAAGGAGGUGGUGCGCUGACCAAGGAACAACGUGGUAAGGAGGGUGAAUGUGAUGAGCAAGGUGGAGGAGCGACGAAGGAGGAAGUACACCAUUGUAGCGUAGUCUAUCUCGAGACCGCGCAGUUGACCCAGAGCGGUGUUGGCGACCCAAGAAAACAUCUUGAUGGAGGUCUAUUCAGGGAAAUGGAUACAUCUAUAAUCGAUCUCGUGAUUGUGGGAGCGAGGACGGUGGGAGGAAAACGCGGAGCGGAGGUGUGGGGCGGAGGCACAGCUGCAGGAGGAACCAGGGAAAUCAGGGAUGGAGAAAGGGUUGUUGGUGAACAAAUAGAAGUAGCGUUACAAAGAGGAGGACCUAGGGGAGCUAAAUUAGAGGUGCGACAACAAGGAGGAGGAGGAGGAGGAGGAGGAGGAGGUCAAGCAAAAGUAGGAAGAGGAGGAGGAGAUAGAGCAGAAGUGGGUGGAGGAGGGUGGAGGGGAGGACGAGGAGUAGAAACAGGAGGAGGAGGAGGAGGAGGAGGAGGAGGAGAGUACGUAAGGAGCGGGCAAGUCGCUGAAGGAAGGAAAAAAGAUGAGGGGACCGGAGGAAGGGUAGAAGGAGGAGAAGGAGGAGGAGAAGGAGGAGGGAGGAAGAUAGACAUUAAGGGAAGGGAGGUGAUUGGCAUUCUGUAUGCAGAAGAGGGACUGGACUACCGUCUUGUGCAUGUGGUCACCGUUAGAGUGGGUGUUAGCAGGGGACUGGUAACGGAAGGACCGUUUAGAAUGACUAACCUCCACCCAACUACCACUCUCCUUGUUCCUUGUCCGGAUUGGGUAGGUGUAAGGAGUAGUUUGGAUCCUAAGUUGCCCAAGGGGUCUGCCGAGUUCUCCGCAUCAGGUGCUAACCCCCCGGAUGAGCACCAGAAAUGGGAUGGCAGGGGCUGGAAUCCGGUAAGAAGGGCACGAGGGGGGGUUCUUGCUAUAUCCAGUGAAGAAUUGGUAUUCAUCAAUGGUGUGAAGGAAGAGACUCACCUGGUCGUGGUUUCGAUGCCGGGCCUGCCUGCCUGUUGGGAGUGGGCAAGCUUCAGGACGCUGCUGAUCGGCGACACACUAGGGUGUCUUCAUCUGGUGCAAAUGGGGCGAGAGGAGGGAGGGUGGACUGUCCGGCGCUUCCCUUCCUCAUUGUCACCAUCUUCCUCCCCUGAGGUUUUGUCAGUUCUUCCUUUGACUCGUUAUCGACUAACGAAGUCCUCAACUCCUGCUUUUACUCUUGUUCCUCCUCCUCCUGCUGCCCAUCCUCCUCCUCCUCCUCCUCCUCCUCCUCCUCCUCCUCCUCCCUCCUCAGGAAGAACGACAUCGAGUCAUCAGAUGUCCCAUACGCCAACGUCAUCGUAUGCAGUCCGUCGAUCUUGCAGGUCUGCUCCCUGCCGAGACUGCGGCAAAGAGAGAGGGAGUGAGCGUAUGGUGUUGUUCACCGGUAGCUAUUUUGGAAGCUCGCAAGCUCUGUGUUUUCUCGCUCCAUGCAACCACUGCGGAGACAUGAUCUGCUCUUUAGAUGAUCACCAUAGCCUGAGCUGUAGUGGCGAUGGUGUGGAGAUGGAGGGGAAGGAGAGUCCAGCUCGCACUUUGAGGGAGAGGGUAACCCCGACCGGCCUUCGAAAUCGGACAGGAGUCGUGAAUGUGAAUAGGGAUCUCCUACCUCGUUGUCCCAGCAGGGAAAGAUCCCUAGGAAGCAGAGGGAAUCGAGUGAAGCAGGGGAGAGGAGGGGAGGAAGGUGGGGCGGUACCUAGUAUCGAGAGGGAAGACGAGUCUCUGCUACUCGUGCAAGAGCUCGUUGAAGGAACAGGAGGGGUCAGAUGCGUAGCAACCCUUGAUUUGAUCGAUGACGGGGUGGAUGGAGGGGGUUUAGGAAGCGAACGCCAGCUGCUAGUUGGCUGUGGUAGAGCCCCUCGGGGGAUGGUGAAGAGGGGUUUCCUGGGGGUUGCGCUCCGCGAGCGGCGGUGUCAUUACAUAGCUCACUGCGGCCAGAAGUGGAUGACGUCAAGGAUAAAUGGUUUUCCGUCUCUGGUGAAGUCCUUCAAAGAGAACCAGGAGAGUGAGUUCCACACGCACGUGCUUCUGUCCUUUGGGACAUAUCCCGGCAGUCCCGGGUUUCCCCCCUUUCUUCCGGGUAACGGUCGUACUCAGGUUCUGGUUAUCAGAGGGCGAACAGUAGAGGAUACGAAGAUAAAUGGCUUUGAGGAAUGUUGUAGCACACUUGCUGUGGGGCCUGCACCUGGUGGGUGGAUCAUACAAGUCACGGACACUUGUAUUCGAGUCGUUUCUCAAGCUCGCGGCCUGGUCGGUGUAUGGUCUCCUCCGUCCUCAUCAUCGUCGCUAUCCCGACCUGCACCUGCUUCAACCUCGGCCAAGAAUUCCUUCAACUCCUCGUCCGCGGGCCCGUCGUCAUCGCCAUCGCUAUCCAGACCAACUUCAUCCUCUAAGACGACUUCUUCCCUCUUUCCCCACACUUCUUCCUCCAAAACUGCUUCUUCUUCUUCUUCUUCUUCUUCUUCUUCUUCGUCGACGUUGUCAUCGUCAUCGCAGUCAAAGCCGCAUUCAGGUGGUGAUAGACUGAGAGGGAGCAAUGAGACUCAGAAGGGGAGCAGCUUAAGAGCAGAGAGAGAGAGCGGAGUGCUGAGAGGAGGGAAAGUGGAAAGAGUAAUAACAAGUGAGGACAAGGCAGGAUCAGUUCUGUUUGCUGAUGUGGAUGGGUGCAGAGUAGUGGUGGCCACGACAUGUGUCAUAUUUGCUGUGGGGAUAGACGAGCUCACAGGGACCGCAACUGCUCUGGGAACGACAGAGCGUUCCCAGCAAGUGUCCGCCAUAGCGCUGGGGCAAGUUAUGGUAGAGCCGCAUGCAUCUGCCUGUGCAGGUGGCAGAUCACCUGGUGUCAUUCGCACGACUAGUAAUAGCGAGGACCUCAAGGACCUUGACAAAAGGAAUGUAGAGGAGGCAGCGAACCGUUCUGACGUGAGUUGUAAUCGUAAUGGGGCAGUGAUGAUGGUUCUCCUCGGGCAGUGGACAACAAAUACCGCUCACGUUUUGACGUGGCCAAGUCUGGUGGAGACGGUUGCAGUCUCUCUAGGAUCUGCUCCUGCAAGGUCUCUGCUUUCUGCUCGGCUGGGAGGAUCCGACUAUCUGUUUGUGGGUACCGGUGAUGGGCGAGUGGUGUACUAUGAGCUGCACUGCCACAACUUUUCUGAGAGCAAUCGAGCAGGAAGAGACUCUGAGCACGAUGUUAGCAAAGCCACCUCACACUGUGAAGUUCAGGCAUGUAAUCCAAAGUCAAGAAGAUGGGCAGCAGCACAGGGGAGCAAUUCGAAUCGGGCACAGGGUUGGGCGGUGGAGGUGGUCGAGGUUGCUGUAUCAGGAGGAGGAGAUAGAGGAGGAGGAGGAGAAGGAGGAGGAGGAGAAGGAGGAAGAGGAGGAGGAGAAGGACAUUAUGCAGAGAAACCGUGGGAGGAGAGGGAGAAAGCGUGUGGAACACAGGCUGAAGCUUGUGGUCGAUACGAUCUAACGGCUGGAAGUAUUGGAUCGACAGGAAAGAAAGAAAUUCUCAGCAAAUUUUGUUUGCGAGAAGGUCGAGCUAUGAGGGUCGGAGAUGGCGAGGUGCGUCUUGAGAAAGGAAGAAGAAGAGGAAGAAGAGGAAGAAGAGGAAGAAGAGUAAGAAGAGAGAAUAGUGCACGAACUCAUGGGCUACUUGCGGGCAUCUUGCCUUCUGGGGUGAUGACGUCAACACAGUUGAUAGGGAACGAUCUUGAAGAGGAAGGGAACGAACAGGGAUAUGGGGAGAGUCGUCAUCUACUGGCAGAAGAGGAGUGGAUUUAUGCACAUGACGGUCAGUUUGCAGAUGUCCUCUUUUUGCAAGGCCCAGGGCACUCGGGACCGAGGGCCUUUCGCGUUCAGAGGACCGACGUCGGAACAGGGCCCAGGGCAGUGUCGUGGACCAACUCCCCAGAGUUGCACGACUCUUUGUUAUGUGUCUCUCUUGAUGGGCACAUCAGCUUCGCCCAGGUUGAUCUCUCUGUACGCCUCAGAUGGCAGAAGACACUAGUGAAAGGCACUCCUUGCCAAAUGGCUUAUCAUACAGAUACCGGAGUCAUAGCCAUAACCACCGUGGAUGAGGAGGGUGGAGCUUGUCUUCAACUCCUUGAUAUUCGGUCGUUGAAUGAAGUAGCCGUGCUGCGCCUUGGUGCCCAGCAUCACCCCUGUGCUUUGCAGGUUCUGCCCCUGGCCUGUUCCUCGAAACUUCGUCAGCCUGACAGAGGGCAGAGUCGAAGCAGGCAGUUUUUGGUGAUGUCAUCACACAUUGUCACCGAUUCUUCCCAAGCUUCCCUUCACAAAACCGCAACGAAUGUGCUUUCAUUCUUCGAAAUCGUCAGAAGAGCCCAGAUGGUAUCAAACAGAGAGGAUGGAGAGCAAGGGGUCUGCUUGCUCCUACAUGGGACAUAUCCACUGGACGGCUUGUGCUGCAGCCUGGACCAGAUUCUGUUCCCAGGUCCUGCACCAGGUCCAAAUCAUCACCAGGGGUUCCCGUGUGGGGGUGGAUCUGGAACAAAGUCGAUCCGAGGGCCAUUGGAUGGUGUGGGUAUUCAGCAGGUGGAUGGAGCUCACGUUCCCUGCUGCGACCUCGACCUACAUGUUCAUCACCAGCAAGAACUACUUCCCGUACAAAACACCGAGGAGACAAGACACCCACCAUUGUUGUCGUCAAGCCCUGUGACCAGUGGAGUUGGCACCUCCCAGCCUCUCCUCACUGAUCCGAACGAGACAGGGGAAGAAGAGGAGGAGGGGGAGGGGGAGGAGGAGGGAGGGGCAGUUAUGUGUGUGAGAGAGAGCCACCAGCAGCGACUCAGGCGUUUCCGAGCAAUGCUUGGCCAGGGAUGGGCGUUGGAAAAUGACAUUGUCUUUGCCACCAAUCAGGGCUGGCAGGCAUUUAUGGAAGAAGCUCCUGGGUUGUCGUCGGAGUUCAGACUGCUGGUUGCUGGUUGCUGUGGGUCUAUUUGUGUUUUCUGGGUGUUUAUCGACGAUACAGGCGAUGCAAGACUGGCUAUGGAGGUUUCCUCUGCUAUAGAUGCUGCCAUGGAGCCAUAUUUCGCUGCCUUAAUGGCGGAUGAGGAUUCCCUGCCUGCCCAACGGUUGCUCUUGUCAAGUCGCAGAGCCAACCUCUGUUGCCAUGACCAGAGAUCAGAAGACGAAGCAAAGUUUGAGAAGGACGAUACAGAUGACGAGCAAGAGGAAGAAGAGGAUGACGAUGAGGGUGAUGAGGACGACGAGGAAGAUGGUGACGAUGCGUAUAAUGAGGAGAGGGAGAAGGAAUUGUUUGACGGGAACAGGUAUCGGGGAGGUAGAUGCGGAUCCAGAGAGCAGAAGAUGCAGAGCCGCCACUUGGGCCCAAGAACGUUGUCUUGCACUGGUCCCGGUACUCAUAAAUGGGGCAAUCUGGUUACUGAUGGGAAUACAGAUGUACAGGGCCAAGGAGAAACAGUGCCAUCCUAUGAAGUAGGACAGCAAGAGGAAAGGAGGAGGAGGAGGAGGAGGAGGAGGAGGAUCCAAAGCUCUGAUAGUAGUGAGGGCAGGGAAAGUCCCUCAGGUUUCCGGGAUGGAUGGGUAGGUCCACCCACGGUGACAGUGAUGUCAAGGGAGGCUGGCUCAGCAGCCUCCACUUCAGCCCCGCUCCACAGCAAUGGGGUAGGAGAGGAGGAAAGCUUUAGCAGCAGGCUAGAGCAGCAGCCAGGCCAUGGAUUGAGAACAGGGUCCACAUUGCAAAAGGGACGAGUUCUAGUUCAGAAGGUGGCUUGUGCUCCAACCCCGAACCUUGGCCUCGUGGUGGACAUAUCCUCUUUCGGGAGCACCAUAGCUGCAGUGGAGAUUCUCCAGUCGUUUGCAGUCUAUGAGCUGGACAUUCAGCAGCACACCAAUUGCCGACAAAUGACGACAGAAGCAGAUUUAUAUCCUGUCUUGCAGGACAAUCACUGGGCCAUCGCACCUCAUUGCAUACUCUCUCUCUCCCCAUCGCUUUUCCUGGCAGCUGCACACCUUUCCGGUGUGCUGCUGCUUGAACGGAAUAAAACCCGGGAGUUAUGCAGGCACCCGCAAAGGGCCACGGCAGAGGGAGGGGAAACCGACGAGCUUGGGCGGGUCAGGGCAGUUGUCAAUGAGGUAAGACGAGCGAGUCAUCCAGGUGGACUUCAACGACAUGAAGCGAGCGAACACAGCAGCAGCAGCAGCAGCACCUUGGGUAGCGAAAGAUCAAGGCUCCCAGCGGCAGCGGAUGUGAACCGCCAGUCUGUGGAACAGGAACUGUUGGGACAACCUGGAACUGUGCCUGGACCAGGGAACCAAAGAGGAACACAAGCGGGACCAGCAGGCACGAGCACAACACCCGUAGCAGGACCACAGGCAACAUCUUCAGCCGCGGUGAAUGGACAGUUCGUGGAACACGGCGUUGUCAGUUUUGAAAGAACCAGACCUAGACCUGGGAGUGAAACAGGGACAGAAAGAGGACCAGCAGCCGUCGUACAAGGGCGAAAUGCUGUACCCACGAGAUCAGCUGUCCGUAUGGCCACUGUGGUCGAUGAGAGAUUGCCGGAACGGGCAGCAGCAGGGGAGUAUGCGGAACCAGAGCCGGGACCAAGAGAUCGGGAGGGAACACAGAGAAGGCACGGACCAGGUGGAGGAAUAUUUGGCAGAGUAUCGACAGAAUCUGGGUCUGGCACACAAAAGGACUCUCUUCAAGGUCUCUCUCUGUUGGCUGCAUGUCAGUUGCCCGCAGCCAUUGCAGGUUUUACGAAAGGUCCCCUGGGCAUACAUCCGAGGAGGAUUGCAGCGCCAGAGCAUCAAAUUGAAUGUGCUGUAAAGGGCCAUGUUCGUGACAGCCAUAUUGAGAGCCCAGUAGGCUCAGCCGAGUCAAAUCUGAGGGAGAUGGUGUCAUCUACCCCCAAGUACCAGAAGCCACAGAAUUGUGGCGAACCGCAGCCGCAGAAUGGGGGCAGUGCACUAUUGCGAGGACCAGCGACAGGCUCUGUCAUAAACUCCCUUGCUUCUGGUUACAUCCAAACGACAAACACUGACAACAAGAAUCUUCCAGAGAAAUCCAGUCGCCAGCGGCGUUGCUCCUCCUCCGAGUUUUUGUGCUAUGAACCAGAAAAUUGUGUAGUAUUUGUGACCUGCACCGGUCAGGUUGGGUAUUUAACGUUUGAUUCCGGAUCCUCCACAUCCAUUGCCCCUCCUUCUGUGUAGUUUGGGGGUGCUGUGAGCCGGAAAAUUGUGUAGUAUUUAUCACCUGCAGGGGUCAGGUGGGGUAUACUCUGUACAGUGUA